GGCGCGCGAGGCUGGCACGGCCCAGCCGUCGGGGCAGGGGCUGGGUGGCCCUGCCGGCCGCCAGCGCCGGGCCAUGUCCCGGGGGCGUUAUGGACCCGCAGCAGGGAUAUUCCCUUAACAGAUACCACCCCCCUCCAGUUCAAGGCUAUGAGCCCAGCAAGAUCAGACACCAGCAGUGGGGGCCAGGAUCUUGCUCUAAUGGUUUCCAGCUCAAGCAAAUAGAGUUUCUCAAGGGGCAGCUCCCAGAAGUGCCCCUGAUUGGGAAGCAGACACCAUCACCACCACCACUCUUCCUCCCAGGACUCUGGCCAAGAUUUCCAGAGCCACCUGCCAGAAGCAGGCAGCUUGAGAGCUGGGGUGUCCCCAGGAGCGUUCAUCUCAGAAGUCAGGGGUUCCAGAGAGGGUCCCAGCAUCCUUCGCCACGUGGCAGGAUUCUGCCAUGGAGAGGUGUUGAUAGGCUUUCCGCACAUUUCCAGGAACUGAGUAUCAACCAGGAUCAGGAACAGAGGAUCUUAAAGCUCUUGGAGGAGCUUGGGGAAGGGAAGGCCACCACAGCACAUGAUCUGGCUGGGAAACUCAAGGUCCCAAAGAAGGAAGUCAAUCGAGUUUUAUACUCUCUGGCAAAAAAGGGUAAGCUACAUCGGGAGGCAGGAACGCCCCCUUUGUGGAAAUUGGCAGUCUCAGCUCAGGCUGAGAACCAGCAGAGUAGAGUAGUGAAAUCAGACGGUCAGAGCCAGGGAGCCCCAGACUCAGACUCUAGUUUGGAAACUGAAGACAAAAACACCACAUCUGUCUUGGAAGAGCUUCCUGAUCCUUUUGACAUGGCUGAAAUCAAGGAGAAAAUCUGUGACUACCUAUUUAAUGUGUCUGACUCCUCUGCCCUGAAUUUGGCUAAAAAUAUUGGCUUCAGCAAGGCCCGAGAUGUGAAUGCUGUGCUGAUUGACUUGGAAAGGCAGGGGGAUGUCUACAGGCAAGGGACAACCCCUCCCAUAUGGUAUUUGACAGACAAGAAGCGAGAGAGGAUGCAAAUGAAGAGAAAUACAAACAGUUUUCCUGAAACCACUGUAGCACCCAUCACUGAGACCAAAAGAAACGCAGAGUUCCCCACCUGCAACUUACCGACAUCAAAUGCCUCAAAUAACGUGGUAACCACAGCAAAAGUGGAGAAUGGGCAGGCACCUGUCAUAAAGUUACAAGACAGGCAAGUGGCCAGAGCAGAACCAAUAAAACUGAAACCACCUAUUCAUAACAAUGGCCCCUCAAGAGCAGGGUAUGUUGACUUUGAAAAUGGCCAGUGGGCCACAGAUGACAUCCCAGAUGACUUGAAUAGCAUCCAUGCACCACCAGGUGAGUUUCGAGCCAUCAUGGAGAUGCCCUCCUUCUACAGUCAUGGCUUGCCACGGUGCUCAACCUACAAGAAACUGACAGAGUGCCAGCUGAAGAACCCCGUCAGCGGGCUGUUAGAGUAUGCUCAGUUCACUAGUCAGACCUGUGAUUUCAACCUGAUAGAGCAGAGUGGACCAUCCCAUGAACCUCGAUUUAAAUUCCAGGUUGUCAUCAGUGGCCGAGAGUUUCCCCCAGCAGAAGCUGGCAGCAAGAAAGUGGCCAAGCAGGAUGCAGCUAUGAAAGCCAUGAAAAUUCUGCUUAGGGAAGCCAAAGCCAAGGACAGUGGAAAAUCAGAAGAAUCAACCCACUAUUCCUCAGACGAAGAAUCAGAGAAGAACGCAGAGUCCCAGGCCACCACUCCUUCAACAAUAUCUUCAUUUUCUGGGAAGAGCCCUGUCACUACAUUGCUUGAGUGCAUGCACAAAUUGGGGAGCUCCUGUGAAUUCCGUCUCCUAUCCAAAGAAGGCCCCGCCCAUGACCCCAAGUUCCAAUACUGUGUUGCAGUGGGAGCCCAAACUUUCCCCACCGUGAGUGCCCCCAGCAAGAAAGUGGCAAAGCAGAUGGCCGCAGAGGAAGCCAUGAAGGCCCUGCACGGGGAGGCGACCAACUCUGAGAACCAGCCUGGAGGUACGAGCACGGAAUCACUUGAUAACUUGGAAUCCGUGAUGCCCAGCAAGGUCAGGAGGAUUGGCGAGCUCGUCAGAUACCUGAACACCAACCCCGUGGGCGGCCUGUUAGAGUACGCCCGCUCCCAUGGCUUUGCUGCCGAAUUCAAGUUGGUUGACCAGUCCGGACCUCCUCACGAGCCCAAGUUCGUUUACCAAGCAAAAGUUGGGGGUCGCUGGUUCCCAGCCGUCUGCGCACACAGCAAGAAGCAAGGCAAGCAGGAAGCAGCAGAUGCGGCUCUCCGUGUCUUGAUCGGGGAGAACGAGAAGGCAGAACGCAUGGGUUUCACAGAGGUAACCCCAGUGACAGGGGCCAGUCUCAGAAGAACUUUGCUCCUCCUCUCAAGGUCCCCAGAAGCACAGCCAAAGACACUCCCUCUCACUGGCAGCACCUUCCACGACCAGAUAGCCAUGCUGAGCCACAGGUGCUUCAAUGCUCUGACGAACAGUUUCCAACCCUCCUUGCUUGGCCGCAAGAUCCUGGCUGCCAUCAUCAUGAAGAAAGACUCUGAGGACAUGGGCGUUGUAGUCAGCUUGGGGACAGGGAAUCGCUGUGUGAAAGGAGAUUCUCUCAGCCUAAAGGGAGAAACUGUCAACGACUGCCACGCGGAAAUCAUCUCCCGGAGAGGCUUCAUCAGGUUUCUCUACAGCGAGUUAAUGAAAUACAACCCCCAGACUGCGAAGGAUAGUAUAUUUGAACCUGCUAGGGGAGGAGAAAAGCUCCAAAUAAAAAAGACCGUGUCGUUCCAUCUCUAUAUCAGCACCGCCCCAUGUGGAGAUGGUGCCCUCUUUGACAAGUCCUGCAGUGACCGGGCUGUGGAAAGCACAGAUUCCUGCCACUACCCUGUCUUUGAGAAUCCCAAACAAGGCAAGCUCCGCACCAAGGUGGAGAACGGGGAAGGCACAAUCCCUGUGGAGUCCAGUGACAUUGUGCCGACGUGGGACGGCAUUCGGCUCGGGGAAAGACUCCGCACCAUGUCCUGUAGUGACAAAAUCCUGCGCUGGAACGUGCUGGGCCUGCAAGGGGCACUGUUGACCCACUUCCUGCAGCCCGUGUAUCUCAAAUCUGUCACAUUAGGUUACCUUUUCAGCCAAGGACAUCUGACCCGUGCUAUUUGCUGUCGUGUAACAAGAGAUGGAAGUGCGUUCGAGGAUGGACUACGACAUCCCUUUAUUGUCAACCACCCCAAGGUUGGCCGAGUCAGUGUAUAUGAUUCCAAAAGGCAAUCCGGGAAGACUAAGGAGACAAGCGUCAACUGGUGUUUGGCUGACGGCUAUGACCUAGAGAUCCUGGACGGUACCAGGGGCACCGUGGACGGGCCACGGAAUGAAUUGUCCCGGGUCUCCAAAAAGAACAUUUUUCUUCUAUUUAAGAAGCUCUGCUCCUUCCGUUACCGCAGGGAUCUACUGAAACUCUCCUAUGGUGAGGCCAAGAAAGCUGCCCGUGACUAUGAGAUAGCCAAGAACUACUUCAAGAAAAGCCUGAAGGAUAUGGGCUAUGGGAACUGGAUAAGCAAACCCCAGGAGGAAAAGAACUUUUAUCUCUGCCCAGUAUAGUAUGAUCCAGUGACAGAUGGAUAGGGGUGUUUCACACUGGGGUGAGAGAGAGGUAGGUUGUAGCAUUCCUUUUUAUUUGAUCAAGGGGUUUAUUUCUCUUCCUUUUUUUUCCUCCCACCCACAGUUGGUGUUUUCGAGAACUUUGGGUUCCCAUUUAUCCUGCUUUCUUUGGGAUUACUAGGCAGAGUCUGGUCAGGAGCCUGUCUCUUUUCCCAUGUGAAGAGGCAGAGACCUAAAGGGAGGGAAAAGGGUUUAUCUUUUCCUUCACCGCAAGGCGUAUGUAGUCACUGAGCUCCUAUAGCCCAUUUCCUCUUAAGUUUUGUUUUAGUUUUUUCCAUUUCCUUUCCCUUUGUGUUUGCUACACUGACCUCUUGAUUAGGCUCAGUCCACUCUGUGUGUGUCACAUCAGGGACUAACGAUUCAUUUGUGAAUUCUGCAGGCCGCUCUGCUUCCCCUCCUCCGCUUCUGAUAAUCCUUCCUUGUGAUCAAAGCUUCUCUUUCCCGUCCCCAAGAGGGUAAAGAAGUGAAGUUAAAGAAUUGGGUGAGACAUUUACAAGGGCAGGAGUUCAAUACUGCAGUCAGUGCCAAUGGAAAUGCUAUCAGAAGCUGCAAAUAAUGCUUAGCAAUCUUCCUCCCAUCUCGCACUUUAGCCAGCUAGUCGGGGGUGGGGGGUGGGGUGAGGCAGGGAAAGCUGCUAUUCUGGAAGUGUAUCCCUUCCCCAGGCAGCAGGGAAGGCUAGAACCAGCCAGACCGGGCUAGGGGAGUUGCCCAAGCAAUAGCUGGGCUUUCCGCCUGCAGGUGACACAGACCACUUCCCAGGGAGCACAGAUAUUCCUUGGAAUAUUUCCAAGCUCCAGCCGCUUCUACUCCUAGAACAUUCUUAAUAAUUUGCCCUGCCAAUGUGGAAUGUAUGACCAUAGACCCCAGCCAACUGCUGGGGAAAAAAGUCCAGGACAAGUCCUAGAAGGUCAAAUCAUUUCUGCUCAGAUAAUCAGUAAGAAUAAGGGCAAAAAAUCAUGUUGUUUCAGAUCACUGUUGCACCUGGCAUAGUAUUUCUCAUGACAGCAACACCCAGGAAAACUAAGUCAUAUGCAAAUUUUGAAGUUUUGAAAUAAUGCCAUAGGUGUUGAUUCUUAACUGCUACGGAUAACCUAUAAUUCAGCAGACUUAAAGUUCAGAGGUACUUUUCCAUUUAUCCAAGCACUUUCACUUUGCCAGACAGCUUCAGAAGUAGGUUCAUGGGCAGGCCAGAGACCUGAGGUCUCCCUGCCUGUUAGGGAAUCCUUACAGGGUUGACAUGCAACAAGGCAGGGGUUGUAGGUGAAAGGGCAGGUUGUCUUCAAACUCCGAGGUGGAUCUUUGUCCACCUAAUGUGGACUGAUGUGGUCAGAGCCUGUGGCCUCCCUGGAGUCCAGCUCUGGGGCUAAAUCAGCCAGACACGCUCAAGAGGACUACAAGGGCGCUGCUGCCUUCAGGACCUGAGCCUGCCUCCUUCCUGUAGAUAACGUAUCUUCAUCUGGGAACAUGCUGAGCCAGUGCCCUCAGGUGACUUUCCGUCCCCACACCCCCAAACUGCGGACGAGUUCACCCACGGUCUGGCCCGCCUCUUCAACAAGUAGAUACAUCCACAUUUGCACUUUUAUUCUUGGGGCCCGCUGUACCCUCUGUACUUGUGACCAAAAAUUGACCAAAAUAAGAAAACCCAAGUUUUUAAAAUAGACUGAGGAUGUCUCUGCGGAACACCAAAGCGUCCCAAGGAACUGGUAGGAAAAACGGCACCUGUCUUCUGGGGUGGAAGGGGCCUGCCUGCUCCCUGGCCCUGUGAGUCUGCUGAAGGCAUGUUAAGUCAACCCUGGCACCCGCAACUGGGGCAGAGAGAUCUCGUGGUUCCCAGCCGCUGGAAGGAAGCACAUCCUCUCGGUUCUUCAGGCUGGAGGGUUAUCACCUACUGAUUCCUCGGAAUGUUUGGCCCCUCGGUCCAUCUUGGGCAUUAGUAUCUCCAGCAGAGCUCAGCCCAGCUGCCUCUUCUUUAAUGGGGACAACAGGGGUCUCAAAAGAUCAGAUUCCCCCAAUUGC